UUUUGGCUUUUGUAUUGGAAAUGGCGGAGACAGAAACCAGAGCAAGAAAAAGCGGUAGUUUGGUUUUUGCCGUUAAUGGAGAGAGGUUUGAGCUUUCACCUGUGGAUCCUUCAACAACUUUGCUUGAGUUCUUGCGUUGUCAGACUCGCUUCAAGAGUGUUAAGCUCAGCUGCGGUGAAGGUGGUUGUGGUGCUUGUGUUGUGCUGCUAUCCAAGUAUGACCCGGAGAAUGACAAAGUUGAGGAUUUUACUGUAAGCUCAUGUCUUACGCUCCUCUGCAGUGUAAGUGGAUGUUCUAUUACAACAUCAGAAGGCCUUGGAAACAGCAAAGACGGUUUCCACCCAAUCCACCAGAGAAUAGCUGAUUUCCAUGCUUCUCAGUGUGGAUUUUGUACUCCAGGAAUGUGUGUUUCAAUCUUUUCAGCUCUUGUCAAUGCUGAAAAAAAAAGUCAGUUGGACCCUCCUCCGGGGUUCUCUAAGCUGACCGUUUAUGAAGCUGAAAAAGCUAUUGCAGGAAAUCUCUGUCGCUGUACUGGGUACCGAUCCAUUGCUGAUGCCUGCAAGAGUUUUGCAACUGAUGUUGACAUAGAGGAUUUGGGGUUCAACUCCUUUUGGAAAAAGGAAGAGAAUAGGGAAUUAAAGAUAAAGAAGUUACCUGUUUAUAACUUGAACAAUGAGAUAUGUACAUUUCCUGAGUUUUUGAAAGGAGAAAUUAGUGCUACCUUGUCUUUGGAUUCUAAACCGUCUAGUUGGCUCUCUCCUUCUAAUUUGGAGGAGCUAAAAGACCUAUUGAAAACUCAUGAUACUGAAAAAUGGAAAAAUACAAAAUUAGUUGUUGGGAACACGGGGAUCGGUUAUUACAAAGAAAUAGAACACUAUGAAAGAUACAUUAACCUCAAGCACAUACCUGAACUCUCAAUUAUUAGGAAGGAUUCAACAGGGUUUGAAGUUGGAGCUGCUGUAACAAUCUCCAAAAUUAUCAAAGCUCUAAAGAAAGACAACCAAGGUGAGUUACUCUCAAGAGGCAAGACUGUAUUCGAUAAAAUUUCCAACUACAUGGAAAAAAUUGCUUCACCGUUCAUCAGAAAUACAGCUAGCAUAGGGGGGAAUUUGGUGAUGGCACAAAGAAAACAUUUUCCUUCAGAUAUUGCCACAAUACUCCUUGCUACGGAUUCCUUGGUAGAGGUGAUGACCGGUCCCAGAUGUGAAAAGAUUUCACUGGAGGAGUUUCUAAAAGGGCCUCCGUUAGAUUUUAAUAGCCUACUUCUAAGCAUUAAAAUUCCAAACUGGGAAUCAGCUAGAGAGGUUUCUCAGCAUGACAAUACUGUAUUGCUUUUUGAAACCUAUCGAGCUGCACCAAGACCCCUGGGAAAUGCAUUGGCUUAUCUGAAUGCUGCUUUCUUGGCUCAAGUUUCUCCCAGUGAAACUUGUGAUGGAAUCAUAGUCAAUCAGUGUCGGCUAGCUUUUGGUGCUUAUGGGACUAAACAUGCAAUCAGAGCAAAAAGGGUUGAGAAAUUUUUAAUUGGGAAAGUGCUUAACGUUGAAGUUUUAUAUGAAGCUACUAAAUUAGUAAGAUCUACCAUUCAUCCUGAGGAUGGGACUGCAAGUCCAGCUUAUAGGAGCAGCUUAGCUGUAGGUUUUCUUUUUGAGUUCUUUGGGCCCUUCAUUGAUAGAACAGCUGAAACUAAAGAUGGUUUAUUGCAAAAAAAUAAGUAUACUCUGUUGGCCAAGGCUUCCAAGGUAGGAGAUGAUCCAGAUCAGAUUUGUCAUGACAAAAUUCCAACUUUAUUGUCAUCUGGGAAGCAGGUUAUUGAACUGAGAAACGAAUAUUAUCCGGUUGGCCAGCCAAUUACAAAAUCCGGAGCAGCUAUCCAAGCUUCUGGUGAGGCUGUGUUUGUAGAUGACAUACCUUCGCCAACGAAUUGCUUAUAUGGAGCAUUUAUUUAUAGCACUGAACCUUUUGCACGAGUGAAGAGUAUAAAGUUCAAGACUAAAGAACAAUCGUAUGGCAUAGUCAAAGUUGUAUCUUUUAGAGACAUCCCUCAAGCUGGGGAAAACGUGGGGUCCAAAACCAUCUUUGGAACUGAACCUUUGUUUGGUGAUGAGCUUACCCAGUGUGCGGGUCAGCCUCUUGCCUUUGUGGUUGCAGAUUCACAGAAACACGCAGAUGUGGCUGCAAAGUCAGCGGUGGUCGAUUACGAAGUGAAAGAUCUAGAGCCACCCAUUUUAACUGUUGAAGAGGCCGUUAGAAGAUCUAGUUUCAUUGAUGUUCCUCCUUUCCUUUAUCCAAAACAGGUUGGUGACAUAUCAAAAGGAAUGGCGGAAGCUGAUCACAAGAUUAUUUCUGCUGAGCUCAAACUUGGUUCACAAUACUAUUUUUACAUGGAGACACAAGCUGCUCUUGCUUUACCAGAUGAAGACAACUGCGUGGUGGUUUAUAGCUCAAUCCAGUGUCCUGAAUAUGCGCACAGUGUUAUUGCAAAAUGUUUGGGUAUACCUCAACAUAAUGUUCGUGUUAUCACAAGAAGGGUUGGAGGUGGCUUUGGUGGAAAGGCCAUAAGGGCAAUGCCGGUUGCAACAGCGUGUGCACUUGCAGCAUAUAAAUUACACCGCCCUGUCAGGAUAUAUGUCAAUCGGAAGACUGAUAUGAUAAUGGCAGGUGGAAGGCAUCCUAUGAAAAUAACUUACAGUGUUGGAUUCAAGUCAGAUGGGAAGAUUACAGCUCUACAACUAGAAAUAUUGAUCAAUGCAGGAUUUACUGCGGAUAUUAGUCCAGUCAUGCCAUCAAAUAUGUUAGGUGUGCUUAAGAAGUAUGACUGGGGCGCUCUCUCCUUUGACAUAAAGGUAUGCAAAACAAAUCAUUCGAGUAAGUCUGCGAUGCGGGGGCCCGGAGAAGUACAGGCUUCGUAUAUUGCUGAAGCUAUAAUCGAACAUGUCGCAUCUUUCCUCUCAAUGGAAGUAGAUUCUGUUAGAUACAGAAAUCUACACACGUACAACAGCCUUAGAUUUUUUUAUGAGGAUAGUGCAGGAGAAGCUCCGGAGUAUACUUUGCCUUCCAUAUGGGACAAGUUGGCUAUGUCUUCUAGCUUAAACCAAAGGGUUCAAAAGGUAAAAGAGUUUAAUGUGUGUAAUAGAUGGCGGAAAAGAGGCAUAUCAAGAGUACCAAUUCUGCAUGAAGUGAUGCUGAGAGCAACUCCGGGGAAAGUAAGCAUUCUGUCGGAUGGAUCUGUGUGCGUUGAAGUUGGGGGGAUUGAGCUGGGCCAGGGGCUUUGGACGAAGGUGAAACAGAUGACCGCUUUUGCUCUCAGUCCACUCGUUUGCAAUGGAACUGAACACCUCUUGGAUAAAGUACGCGUCAUACAGGCCGAUACGUUGAGCAUGAUUCAAGGGGGAUUUACUGCUGGGAGCACUACAUCCGAGGCAAGCUGCGCAGCAGUCAGACUGUGCUGCAAUAUCCUAGUUGAGAGGUUAUCUCCUCUUAAGGAAAGUUUGCAGAGGCAAAUGGGAUCUGUCACAUGGGAAAUGCUUAUUGCUCAGGGCUACUUGCAAUCUGUUAACUUAUCAGCAAGUUCAUAUUAUGUCCCCGAUAUUUCUUCUAUGCGAUACAUAAAUUAUGGCGCAGCAGUGAGUGAGGUAGAGGUAAAUCUUCUGACUGGGGAAACCACAAUUUUGCGAGUCGAUAUUAUCUAUGACUGUGGGCAAAGUCUUAACCCUGCUGUGGAUCUAGGACAGAUUGAAGGAGCUUUUGUACAAGGAAUCGGGUUUUUCAUGCUUGAAGAGUACCUGACAAAUUCAGAUGGAUUAGUGAUCUCUGAAGGUACAUGGACGUACAAGAUUCCCACAUUGGACACCAUACCAAAACAGUUCAAUGUUGAAGUAAUGAACAGUGGACACCACAAAGAUCGUGUUCUCUCUUCAAAAGCUUCUGGUGAGCCGCCAUUGCUGCUAGCAAGUUCCGUUCAUUGUGCUACAAGGGCGGCCAUCAAAGAAGCAAGAAAACAGCUUCAUUCGUGGAGCAGUGUCGACGAAUCGAAUUCGAUGUUCAAAUUGGAUGUUCCUGCUACUAUGCCGGUUGUAAAGGAGCUUUGUGGGCUAGACAUGGUGGAGAAGUACUUGGAAUGGACUAUAGGCAGAAAGUGAAAAGAUUCUUAGACUGGAAGGGAUAAAAGAGAAACUGCAGAUGAAUGUUUAUACACAGUUCAAACCGUACACGUCUUGAAAAUCAAGCUUC